GAGAACGCAACCACUGCUGACUUCCACUCCAUUCGCACCAAGACUGAGUCUCCAGCUUACUUUACAUCCGGAUUCUACAAGAUCGAAGCUGGCCCCCAAAGACCCGCUCAUUAUACAUUCGAGGAGACCAAAUAUGUUCUUAAUGGGCAAAUCGAUGUUUUGGACGAAGCUACCGGCAUUACUCACCACCUAGUUCCUGGCGACUUUGCUUUCUUCCAUGUUGGAUCCAAGGUCAAGUUUUCGACCAAGUCUCAAGGGUUUGCCUUCUAUGCAGUUACUCGACCUGUGCGGGCACCUCACCCUAAUCUGCAAGGGCGAGAGGAAGAUACCAAGGCUAGAUUGUAG